AUGUCAUAAAUCUCUAACGUCUCUAAUCAUCAAUUUUAUACUCCUGAUACAUCAAAACAUUAAGAUUAAUUCAAAACUGCUGAAGAUAGGAAGACCAUUCCUUUUGAUGAAAAGAGUAUUACACCUAAAAGCAAUGCAUAUUCAAAUGCUUUUAAAUAAUUCUAUAUUGAAAAUCAAAAUGAUUCUAAAGAUAAAGGUCCAAUUGAAGAUUUUUUUCCUUAAUUGGGAUAAACAUAAUAACAAGAAACAUCUUAAUAAAAUUCUAAAAUAUGUGAUUUUGAUGACUUUCCUGAAUAAGGCGAUAGUUAAACUCCUAAUAGUGAAGAAGCUGGAUUAGAUUCAUACAGAGAAUAGCAAAAAUAUUUUGGGUAUGUUGAAUAACCUGUUAGAAAGUAAUCAAGAGAUAUGAAUGAUUUUGAUGAUCUAAUGGAUGUUAAAAAUUCUUAAAACGCUUCUUCAUCAAGUCAAUAAUUUUAAAAUAUCAACCCAGCUGAAAAAUAUGAUCAUAUAACUCCUGAAUAAUUGCCUACUGAUCCUUUGGAAAGAUAAAUGAUAUUAAAAGCUCCAGAAAUUUAACCAGAUAAUUAGAACUAUCCCUUUUUAAAUGGUAUUUCUCCCUCUAUUCCAAUAAGUUCAGAUAUGGCUUUCUCAUUUAAUCAAUUUUAAACUCAAGGAAUUUAAAACAAUUAAAAUUAAACUACUUCACUCCCAAUGUAUUAACAAAUUGCCUUUAAAGUUCAAGAUCCUAAUACAACUCUAUUAUAACCAACAACAACAUAAAAUAAUUAAAUAAGUCAAUUACAUCAAAAUCCUACUUUUUAAGAUAUAAACCAUUUAAAUACUCAAACUUAACCAUAUUUAAUAGACAACAGUUAUAAUUUAAAUUUCCAUAAAAUUAAUGAUGAUCAAAUUCAAAAAAAUAUUUUUGAAUAACCGGAAGCUACAAAUUCUGAUAAAUUUUUUAGUGUUGAUAUCCCUAUACCCUCCAUUUCCUCUUAAAUUAUAAAUAAACAAACGUUUUAACCAGAACUAUUAGACAAUCCUGUUAUUGUUAAACAAUAAUAAGAAUAAGUUUAAUAAAAACUAAGUUAUUCUCCUAUUCAAUUUGAAGAAGUUAUUUAAAAAAAACAAGAAUUUAAUUUUGAUUUUGAUUUAAAUAAAUAAAUUCAAUAAGAUAAUAAUAUAAUAAAUUCUAAAGUUGAAAUUCAUGGAGAUGAUUCAGAAUUACCUUGGGAACAAGAUAACAAUUUUAAAAUGAUUAAUUAGGAAGUAAUAUUUCCUAAUCAAAUUAUAGGAGAUAUGUCUAAAGAAAUAUAAUAAGUCAAUAAAUAAGAAACUUUCAACCCAGCUGUUAUUGAAUUCUUUAAAGAUUUUGAGCCCCAAUAAAAUCUAAAAUAAUCAAAUUAAUUCAAUAAAAAAGAAAUUCCUAUAGAAAGCUUUUAAGAAAAUCCUAAAGAAAGUCCUAAAAACUAAUAAUUUCCAUUUUAAAAAUAAACAUAACCUUCAUAAAUUAACUUUUAUUAAUCAACCUCCUAAUAAUAAUCAUAAACAUCAUUACAUUAAGAUAAUUUCUUCUCAUAAUUUCGAGAAGAUCAACCAAAUUUUCCAGUACAACAGGAUAUUUCAAUAGUCAAUAAAAGCUAAUCAUCUGAUGGAUAAACUCCUAAAAAUUAGCCUGCCCAAAUCUAGGUGUAAAACUUAAACAAUUCGAUUUCAUCUCAUAAAUCUAAUUCAAUGUAGGGUAAAAAUUAUGUCAUUUAACCACCAUAAGUAUAAAGUUAAAAAGAAUAAUUUGGUCUUUGGUUUGAAAAAGAAGAUAGUAGUGAAAGAAUGAGCUAAAAUUCAAAAAGAUCUGCUAAAUAAUCUUAAAAUCAUAUUGAAGAGGAACUAUUUUAGGAGAAAGAUAAUACUUCUUGGAUUAAAAAUUUAGAAAAUUAAUAAAUAACUAAAAUUUAACCAAUUUAAUAAUAGCAAUAAAAUUUAGAAUAAUAAUAAUAAAUACAACAAUAAGAAUACUAAUACUAAUAAUAACAGCAACAAUAACAAUAAAAAUAACAAUAAUAUGAAUAAGAAUAAUUACAAUAAUAUCUAAAAUUGUAAUAACAAUAAUAAUAUUAAUAAUAGUAACAAUAAUAAUAAUAAUAAUAAUAAUAAUAAUAAUAAUAAUAAUAAUAAUAAUAAUAAUAAUCAUAAUCAUAAUAGUAAUAAUAAUAAUAACAAUAAUAAUAAUCAUAAUAGUAAUAAUAAUAACAAUAAUAAUCAUAAUAGUAAUAAUAAUAAUAAUAAUAACAAUAGUAAUAAUUAUCACUAUUACAAUAGUAAUAAUAGUAAUAAUAGUAAGAAUAGUAAUAAUAAUAACAAAAAGAAAAAGAAAAGUAUGAAUAUGAAUAACAAUAACAAUACUUAUAAUAAUAAUUAUUAUUAUAAAAAUAAUAAUAACAAUAAUAAUAGUAAUAAUAAAUAUUAUUCUAAUAAUAGUAAUAAAAAUAACAACAAUAAUAAUAAAUAUUAUUCUAAUAAUAAUAAUAAUAUGAAUAAUAACAGCAAUAAUAAUAAUAAUAAUAGUAAUAACAGCAAUAAUAAUAAUAAUAAUAAUAAUAGUAACAAUAAUAAUAAUAGUAAUAACAGCAAUAAUAAUAAUAAAUAUUAUUAUAAUAGUUUUCUUCAAACCAAAGUAAAUAAUAAGAUCAAUAAUAAGAAGUAAAAAUAACCCCAAGAAAUCAGGGUAUCAAUUAAAAUUAAACAUUAAUUGAAAAUUCAUCAUAAAAUGUAACUCCUAAUUAAUCUCCUUAAUUUUUUUCAAUCAAUAAUUCUUCAAAUUCUAUUAAUGAGAAAAAGAAAAAUAAUCCUUUUACUAAAGAGGAAACAGAAAUUGUUAUAGAUCCAAAAUGGGAAAAGGAAUUGCCUUAAUUUGAUUCUGAAUAAUUUGAAGUAAAGAUUGAAUAAAAAAAAAAUUUGGAUCCAAUAUAAGAAAUGCCAGAUGAAUCUCUUACUUAGAGUUAUGCAGUACAAAAUAGAAACUCAGAGUUCUAAGAGAAAUCGAUAGAAGAAUCAAAAGUAAUUUAACCAUUCUUAAAAAUUUAAUCUUAAGAGAUCUUAUCUGCUUAAAAAGGUAUUAGUAGUGUUAGAGAAAGCAAAGAGAGUAAUAAAGAGGCAAUUAAUCCUUAAUAAUUAGUGGAGUAAUUAAUUCCAGGUUUACAUGAGGUCAUUAGAAAAUCUUUUUAAUAAAAUAUUGAAACCCAGUUAUAUUAAUUAGCAUCAUAAUUUUAACAAAAAUUAUAGGAAGAUGAAUAAGAAAACUUUGAUAUUGAUAAAAUUAGUUCAAAAGUAUUUAUGAUAGAGAAUUUGGUUUAAGGAUAUGGAAAGAAGCUAGAUUAAAUAACAGAUAUGCUGAAUAAAGAGAAAGAAAAUUAAGAUUAAUAAAAGAUAUAAGAAUAAAAUACUUAAAGCAAAGCUUUAGUUGGUUAAGAUAAUUAACAAACUUUUUAAAAAUAAUAAAAAUAAAUUUGUUCGCCAUUUGAAUUAAAUUUAGAAGAUUAAAUUGAGGAAUCACCUAAAUAGAAUUAUUAACAUUUGAAUUAGUCUAAUUCAAAAGUAAGAGUUGCUUAAUCAAGUGUACUAUACAAUACUCAUUAGAAAGGGUUUAUUCCUUAUUAGACUUUACAAUAAACAUAAUCAAAGUACGUAAAUGAAAGUUAAAUAAAAGAAGAUUGGGAGGAUCAUUUACAAAAAUUUUAAACAAAUUAUUAAUUUUAAAGGUCUUUACUCAAAGGGUUACAAGAAUUUGAGAUAUAAAAUUUUAGGAAACAGUGUUUAAGUGAGUAGACAACACUUUUAGACACAUAUGAAUUGAUAGUUACAUUAACAUCAGAAAAAUAUGAAAGUGAUGGUGCUGAAGGAUAUAAAAUAAUUAUCUCUUUAAAAAAUAAAGCUCAAUAUGAUAUAUAAAAUUUAAUAGUCUUGUUUAAUUCGAAUAAAAGUAUAAAUUACUUAAUAUAUUUUAGUAAAGGAUGAAUAUUAAAUAAAGCCAGAAAAAAUUAGUUAAUCUUAUUUAAAUCCUGGAGAUAUUAUUAGAUAGGAGAUUAAAUUUCUAUAUUAUGAUCUUUAAAGCGUUUAUUUAAAUUGUUUCAUAAAAUACACAAUUAAUAAUUUUAAGAUGGGAUAAAAUUUUAAUAAAAUAUCUUAAAGUCAAGGAUUAUAAGGUACAUAAGAUUAUUCAAAUUUGUACCUUUCUUAAAUGAACAGUAGAAAUAUGAUUUAAGAGUAUAUUUAAAAUAUUAUAAUUAGAGUUGGAUAAUUUAAGAGGAACUUUCAAUUUUGCAUAGCCAGACCUGCAAAUAAGUUCUUUUUUUAUGAAUUUAUUACAUGUGAAGAAAUAAAUGAAUAUGAAAUGAAAUGUAGAAGUGAAUAGUUUUAUUUGAGAUCACUGGAUGAACUUAUAAUAUUUCAUCCAUGGCUCAUAUAGAUUGACUAAUUUACUUUGGGGGGGAAAGUAUCUAUUAAAUUAAAAAACAUUGAGCAUAAAUUUGUUAUAAAAGUAGUUAACAAAAACCAGAAGGGAAUUAUAUUUAUGAAUGGAAUAGAUAUGGAUUAGAAAUUAACUGAACAUUUUCUUACUUUCUUUGCCUUCUUGUUUAGCAAAUUAUAUUGA